ACCAACAAACCACACCAUUUGUGAUAACGGAUUAGAAGCAACGUUUGCAUAUGGAAGCAUAGAAAACAUAGCGAAAAAAACCAAACCACAAAAUAGAGAAAAAGAAUAAGUGGAAGAACCGUCCACCCGAACACAUUCCGAACCGUCCCGAGUGUGCUCCUACAUUACGUCCAUUUCUUUCCUGCACCGUUGGCGUAUGGAAAUUGGCUCAGUCCGUGUGAAGCCCGCGAAGAGUAAACAAUAGGCAGUGGACGAGAGACCUUCUAAUUGGUUGGUGUGUUUUGGUGUGAAAGUCGAAAUCAUAGAGCUUCCUCCACCUAACCACGAUGGCUCUUAACCUGGACGAAUGUUACGAGCAUGUUCUCGGGCUGGUGGAAACUGCUGGAAGUCUAAUCGCUUCCCGCAACUCCCAGCGGAAGCGCGUGGUCGAAAAGUCGAGCAAUAUCGAUCUGCUGACCGAAACCGACCAACAAGUGGAGCGUAUGCUGAUGGAAGGAAUUACGGCCAAAUAUCCGGACCAUAAGUUUAUCGGUGAGGAGGAAACGAGCGAAGGGAAGAAGGCCGAACUGACCGACGCACCGACCUGGAUUAUCGACCCGGUCGAUGGAACGAUGAACUUCGUGCACAGCUUCCCGCACUCCUGCAUUUCGAUCGCACUGCUCGUCGGCAAGGUGACGGAAAUUGCCAUCAUCUACAACCCGAUCGUGGGGCAGAAGUUUACCGCACAGCGGGGCAAGGGCGCCUUUCUGAACGGCACCCCGAUACGCGUGUCGGGCGAGACAGCGUUCGAGCGUGCGCUGGCGACGACCGAGUUCGGCACGUCCCGGGAAGAGGACAAGACACGCGUCGUGCUCGAGAACAUCGGCAAGCUGGUGCGACAGAUUCAUGGACUACGCAGUCUUGGUUCUGCGGCGCUCAACAUGGCAAUGGUGGCGCUCGGCGGGGCAGACUUUAACUACGAGUUUGGCAUUCACGCUUGGGACAUUGCGGCCGGGGAUUUGCUCGUGCGGGAAGCGGGCGGUGUCUGUCUGGAUCCGGCCGGUGGUCCACUGGAUCUGAUGUCCCGGCGGGUACUGUGCGCUAGCACGCAGGAACUUGCCGAUAAGGUGGUACAGACGCUGACGCAGUACUAUCCCGAGCCGAGGGAUUAAUGGAAUAGGAACAGAUUUUCCUCCACGAAUCUAAUGCCAUAUUUACUGUACUUACCGGUGGCAACACUAUCGAAGCCAACUAGAUGUGCAAUAUCGUUACCCAAGCGAACCACGUGUUUGCUGUUAAAUAAAUGUUGUUGCUAAAGAG